CAGUAUUAAAUUUGUGACGUCAAGAGAUCCGCUUCGCGAACAUCGAGGGCUAAGCUUCCAAGUGUACAGCUACACAUAUAUAAAGAUAUAUAUAAAGCCGACCCCGCCAGCAUCCCAGCUUAGUAAUCCACUUUGCCAAUCCAAAAAACCAACGCCAAAAACCAAACCAAGAUGGCCGCCCCAGCACCAGCACUCAAGGAUCUCCCCAAGGUGGCCGAGAACCUGAAAAGCCAGUUGGAGGGAUUCAACCAGGACAAACUGAAGAACGCUAGCACCCAGGAGAAGAUCAUUCUUCCGACCGCCGAAGAUGUGGCUGCCGAGAAGACCCAGCAGUCGAUCUUCGAGGGUAUCACCGCUUUCAAUCAGAACAACUUGAAGCACACGGAGACCAACGAGAAGAACCCGUUGCCCGAUAAGGAAGCCAUCGAACAGGAGAAGGAGAAGAAUCAGUUCAUCGCCGGCAUCGAGAACUUUGAUGCGAAAAAGUUGAAGCACACCGAGACCAACGAGAAGAACGUGCUGCCCACCAAGGAGGUAAUCGAGGCCGAGAAGCAGGCUUAAAAUGGGGGCUCCAAUGUGGUCAACUCCGAUCCGAGAUCUGAGAUCCGAUCCUCAGUCACCCCAUCUCUCUUUUUCGUCUCGCCGCAUCUCACUCUUUAUACGUAUAAAGCUAUUCCCUCUCAAUUUUCAACUGCUACCAAGUUAUUUGAACCGUUGCGCAUGCGCGUGAUAGCAAAAGUAUUUUACUAUUAUCGUAUUUCGGUUGUCCUUUUUUUUUUUGCAAUAUUUUUAUAUAUAUAUAUAUUUUUUUGUAUUAACAAGCAAGAGAGCCAGUCUCAUUCCUACAGCGUAAUUAACAUAAAAUAAACAUUCGUCUAUCCCAUAUAUUUGUGCAUAAAUGUUUCCAAAACACACGACACACACAUCAUCAGAGGAAAGAUAAAACGCAGAUACAAAGCAAUACGACAGCCAACUCACUCAGAACAUUUACACAAAAAAAGACAGCAAAUAUAUGAGAAAUACUUUUUAAAAGACACGAAAAACGUAUGAAGCGUAUAAAACAGAAAAACAAAAAGAAAUACGGUAGAAAAGCAUCUAUAUAAAGAGUAUGUGUAAUUUUUUAAUGAACUUUUUUUUAUAUACUUUACAUACGAUAUAUUUAUACUGGGAAAAAUAAAAACGUAAAUGUACCAUUUUAUAACAAAAACGUA